UUGAUUUAGCAUCCGCCUUAUUCCCCAUUCUCGUCAGACUUUUAUCUAUUUCUAUUUUUAUCUAGUGUAAAGAUACUGAAGGGAAUUAUGUUGAAAAAUAAUACAAUAUCUCCGGCAAAAUUCAAAUUCUUCAAUAUCAGGCUCACAACAUAUCAAUCAUCCCUCGUAUGUUCCCAUUAAGAUUCUCCUUCAGAAAUAUAGAUAUAAAAGGGAUCAUAAUGUAAACUUUACCUGUUCCAGCAUUUGCUGAUUUAUGCCCUGGCGCCAACUGGUUUUACUUCGAAAUGGAGUGUUACCUUUUCAUCAAGAACAAAGUCAACUGGACGAAUGCUAAGAAUGCUUGCGCUGACCUCAAUUCUCAUUUGGUAAGAAAUGAGAAUGCUGAAAUCGAUGCGUUCCUUAGGGAUGUAAUGGACGUGGAAGAUAUUACAUCCAUAUGGACUGGCGCCAACGACCUUGAAACUGAGGGAGUGUUUGUUUGGGAGGACAAUGGCGUCCCCGUUAGUUACACGGACUGGGAGGAGAAUAAUCCAAAUAACUAUCAUAAUAAACAGCACUGCGUUCGCUUUAAAGAGAGCGAAAGCUGGAAUGAUCUUUAUUGCUAUCGGCUGUAUGCAUAUGCUUGCCAGAGAACUUUACUUCCGGAAGCAAAUAGCAACGCUAACACAACGGUGUCUACAACAGCUACGGGGCCUACAACCAUUACUCCCUCUACUGAUGGUGUAAUUAACUCAAUUUCCGAAGAUCACAUCAAUGGUUCAGGAGACCCAGUCACAGAGAAAUCCUGGGACCAAGGGGACACUACCAUCGGAAACACAAAUAACACUCUUAUCGAUGUUUCUGAAGGAAGUGCAGCUACGUCACCGGAAUCUAGUACUGUUAGAUCCAAUAGCAGUACAACUGAAUAUCAAGGUAGCACGGCUACAUCAACGGGAUCUACUGAUGGAUCGAACAGAAGUACAGGAACACAGUUGGAUCGAAAUUGUUUCUGUUGUAACAAGAAUAACGUCACACACCUGACCAAUGAUAAGAAACAAGAGAUCAUUACUCAACUAAAAGAAGAACUUUAUGUAGCAAAGACAAACACGUCCGCUAGUCGACGUAAACUCAUCAGCGUGUAUGACUCCAGACCCAGCAGCGUCGCCUUGGGAGGUCUGGGGUGUACCUUACUUGUUUUUACCCUCGGCUGUAUCGUUGUACCCGAUAUAAUAAACCUUGUCAGGUUCCUCGUUAUGUUUGCUGAACGAAGGAAAGCCGAACCAGAUCAGACACGGCGAACACCGACAAAUCCAUGACACACUUUGAAACACUGCCUAUAUUUGAUCAUUUGAAAAAAAUAAACGUAUAAAACACAUAUUCUGUUGUGGUUUUUUUUCAUUUUAGUUUUGAAAUUAGAUUACUGAUAAAGAACUAGAUAACAAGUUGGUCUCUCGAUGGAUUGACUUAACAUCUAAGUACGCUGCUUUACACAAGUCGCGUCGUGUUUCUAUCUAUCUAUUAUCAUUUACGCAAACUAUAACUAGCGUAUGCAUGAUGGGAAUACAUAUGAAACUAAUAAAUGACUACAAACACGUUAGAUAUUUAAUGAUAAAAUAAUGUUUUCAAAAGAUGUACUAAGACCAAUUGUUGAAUGCAAAAUGCAGAAGCGAAAAACGGUACGAUUUCUUCGGGAUACAAUUUGUCAUUUGGUCAAUUUUAAAGAUGAAAGAGAAACUUAAACGUAUGGAGUAUAUUUUUGUAUGUAAGCAGCGUAAAGUAUGUAAUUAAUAGAAAUGUAUAAAAAUGUACAACAACCAAUUGUGUUUUCAAUCGGUUGUAAUUACUCUUUGUCAGUGAAGCAACUCCUUUAAAAUAAAUGUCAUUCUAAAUUGACCACAAAGCACAGCGCUGCCAUUUUCAUUGACCGCAGAAGACAGUUUUGCUGCCAUUUUCAUUAACUGCAGAACACAGCCCCGCCAUUUCCCUUGACCACAUAAGACAUUUGUACUGCCAUUUUCAUUGACUGCCGAACAUAGUGCUGCAAUUUUCAUUGACAAAACUCAGCGCUGACAUUUUUAAUUGACAUUAGAACACAGCAUUUCCAUUUUUAAUUAAAAUAGCCAAUGAUUUAUAUACAUCAAAAAUGUGCUUGAAAGUGUCUUUGGCCUUUACAUAGCGGCAAUAUCAUCAGUAGCAAUAAUGCCAGCAGGGACAAGUUAGUUGUCCAAUUUUCAAACCAAACUACAUUAGAAAAAAAAA